AUGAAUAAUUCAUAAAAUCAAUCAAAUCCAACAGAACAAACUCAAACAAUUGAUUUUUUUCAAUAAUUAAAUGAAAAUCGAAGUCAGAUCACCAAUAAUGUAUUCUUAUUAGAGAGAACUAUAUUUCAAUUACUAAAGAAAUAUCCAGAGGUAUUCGUUUACAAUGAAUAACUAAUCCAUAAUUACAAAAAAAAAAGUGUAGAUCUUUAUUUAGAAAAUGGGUUGUUAUUAGGUUAAGGGGCUUAUGGUGCUGUGUACUCGACCAUCAAUCCAAAUAAUAAUUUACCAGCAGCCUUGAAGGUAUAAGAAAAUUGUGAUUUUGAUUAAGUGAUUAUCUAAGCUGAAGAAUUCAAAAUUUAAAAAAAAAUUGCUCUCCAUUUUCCUGAAUGCAUCAUCUAAAUACAAAAUAAAAUUGUUAUAAGCCUAAAAUAUAUGAACACCUAUCGAAUGUAUGCAUAUCUAGACUUGGGUUUGGGGAACCUAAAAGAGUAUUAGAUGAAAUUAAAGUAAUUUACAGAACUUCAAUUCAAUAAUCUGUUCGAUUGUAUUUUAGACAGUAUUCUAAAAAUUCACUCGCUUAAGAUUGCUCACAACGACAUUAAGUUAGAAAAUAUUAUUAAUACGUAAAAAAAUGGUUGGGUUUUAGCUGAUUUUGGGUGCGCAACUUAAUACACUACCCCUUAUGGUGAAUAUCCUAUUGCUGGAACUAGAGCUUACAUGCAAAAAUCAGUGAGAGGGGCUUUGAAUAAUAACUUAAAAAUGUUUAAAAUGAAUUUGUUUAAAAAAGAUAUCUAUGCAUUUCAAUUGACAAUGCUCUAGAUUCUCUACCCUUAAGAUAAUAUUCAUGAUUUAUAAUAGAUUUUGGAUCAAUAAUAAAAGGUGCAUCCAAGGAUUGAUUCACUUUAUAAUAACGAUUAUUUCACAAUAAAGUCAUAAUUUUUAUAAAAAAAAUUUAUUAGAGCUACAGUAAUUUAGGAUCCAAUUGUAAGCACUGAAGAAAUCAAAAGGAAGUUGGAAAAUAAUUUCAAACUUAGUUUUUUCCACAAAGUAUAUCAAGAUUCAUAAAAUUUACCUUAUAACGGAGAUAUGAAAUUUUGGAUUUAAUGCCUGUUGAAUCUAGCUUUAUAAGAAUUUUCUGGCGAUGAAGAAAGAAUAAGAUUGAUUAUGAUUUUGGAUUCCUUUGUAGAUAAAUAUUCUUGUCACGUAUCAGCAUAGGAGAUAUUUGAUGAAAUAUCAUUUGAGGAUUUGACUUAGUUUGAAUAUGACCUAUACUUUGAUGUUUUAGAGAAAAAGGGUUAGAAGAUGCUAUAAUUGAUGCUUUGUCAGGGAUAUCAAGCUACUUUAUAGGAACCUAAUUGCAAUCUAAAAUUCUAGGAGGCAGAAUUACUUUACAUAACUGGUGAGUGGGAAUAAGCUAAGGAGGCCAUAAAUAGUAUUCGAGAUGAGUUGGAGUUAGAAAAUGACGAAAUGCUACUUAAGUUUAUUUGUUUGAAGGCUAGAUUGAAUGGCCAAUGGAUAAAGACAAGAGAAGAAAUCAUACCAUACUUAGUCAAUUAUAAGGACAUGAUUUAGAUCAUCAUUGAAUGGAGGUUUAUAUUGAUGGACUCAAUUUGGUAGAGCAAAUCUUAGAAUAUUUUAAAUAAAACUUAUGAACGAAGAAAUCAUAAUUACAAUUCAUAAGAGAGUGAAAAGUAUCAAAAUUAUUAAGAGACUGUAACAUUAGAUUUUUCGAAAUACAUUAAAAUAUUUUACUCAUGUAUAAGAGAGGACCUGACAAUCAUCGGCGGAAGUGUAAUUAAAAUGAUGUAGAAUCUUAAUUACGAUAAAUAUGCAAUAUUUUAUUAGGGGUGGAUAUAUUGCGAAAUAUUGUAUUAUAAUAUUGUAUAUUAAUCAUUCAUUGAAGAAUUUCUACAAUUUAUCGAGUAGAAUCUCGAAGGAUAUUAUUUCAAUUGGGCUAUUUAUGAUUGUUAUUCAAAAUUCCUUGUGUACAAAAAAGAAUUCAUUAAGGCGAAGCAUUAUUUAAAUAAAGCAAUGAAGAUCAUAGAAAAUGAUUGUAUCUAUAAUCAAUUCACUCUUUCCCAUCACUUAUUUUAAUUGCAAAUCUAGGAAGGCAGUUUAGAAUGUGCUGAAACUUUUAGUAAAACUAUCGAUUUUAUAAACUAUAUGCCUAGCUCCAAACUCACUAUAUAUUUAUUUGCGAUAUUGUUGUAAGAUACAAUUGAAGCUAGUUAAUUGAACUCUUAAUUAAAACUAAGAGAUUUUAUUAAUUAAGCAGUUGAAAUUCUAAGAAACUAAAUAGUUGGGAAUAGAUUCGCUUCAAUUCUCAGCUAUGAAAAUUAAUUUGGGGAAGCCUUAAAGAACGACGACUUCUUUGCUCUUAAGUAAGCAAUGUGGCAGGAAUUACCAGAAGCACUUAUAGCGACAGAAGAUGAAAAGAAGCACGAAGAAGAAGUCCUGAUUGGUUUUUCAAGGCUAUUUUAGUUAGCAGAAUAUCAGGAUUUGAGAUUGAAAGAUGAAACAAGGUAUACAUCAAGAUGGUUAUAAUGUGUGAUUACCUUUCAUGACAUAGGUUUUUAUAUUUAAAAGCUUCCUAAACAUAUUGCAGGUUUCGUUCCAUUUUUUUAUGAACAUUCAUGCUUUAGAUCGGGUGAUUAGAGAAAAUAUUAGGAAGCCAAAGAAUUACAUAUGUUUAUUCGUAUGAAUGCAAGCUGGUUAUUUUGAGCUAC